AUGAGGCUUCUUGUGCUCGCGGCCUCAUUAUGGGCUUUGGCAUCAGCGAAGCCUGAAAUGUACAAGGAAACUGAAGAUUUUCAGUAUUCGAGAAGCUCCACUGACGAAGGGAGCAAAUCAGGAUUCUAUGGAGCCCAGAGGGGGAAUAUGGGAGGGAAUUACGAAAAAGCUCAUAACAUGGAUUCAUUGGCGCAGCAUCACAUGAGUACUUUAGUCAGACAAGUUGAUGGAGAGCUGGGAGAAGGCGCCAACACUAGAACCGGCAGCGUCUACACAGCGGGAAACUCUAGAGGUAUUUUCGGUUCAGGAAAUUACGAUUUGAGCAAUCUCAAAGGAAGAAACUUCGGCGAGAGCGGUAUUUAUGGAGAUUCACUUUCACAGUCCAUGUACCAGAAUGGCUAUCAUGGUGCCUAUGGGUCAAGUAAUGCUAGAUACGGAAGCGAACAGGCGCAUAGUUCGAGCUCAAAACAGAGUGGAUACACCGCGUCGAAUGUAGCAUCACAAUAUUCAGCAAGUGAUGUUGAGAGCGCUAGUAAAUAUCACGGCGCCAGUAGUUACGACUAUGGCAGCCGUGGUGCAAGUGAUUUAAGAUAUCACUCGCUAGUCAAUAGCCAGGCCAGAAACGAUUACGAUCAAAGUAAUGCGAACUUGUACAGCGCUUAUGACUUGAACAAUCAGAACAGACUGAUCGCCACACCUGUUAAAGUUUACGCAAGGCCUGGAGGUCUCGUGGCUGUACCGAUAUCGGCCCAAACAUACGCUUUACACAGUGCUUCCUUGCAAGACAAAAAUGUUGCUUCUACCUCUUCGAAUUCCGCAAGUGACGUUCUUAGUAACAGUGAGACGGAUUUAGCUUACAAACCCUCAAGUAGCGCAAAGCAUUACGAAUCAGCUUACAGUUAUCACAAAAAAUGGGAAAAGCAUGACACGCAACCACUGGCUGUGAUCCCAACGGAGAAUCCUUUUCCAGCUAACAGUGAGCUCUAUGAGGAUAGAUUAGACCAGACAGGACAACAAUAUCAAAGUGGAUUAGAUUCUUCUCGCAGUCAUCUAAGCAAUGUUAACAGCGGAUAUUCAUCGAAUAAGAAUUAUGAAACCGAAGCAUCUAGUCAAGCACAAUUAAACAAAGCUAGUAGAGCAUAUUCUAGUGGCUAUUCUAAUACAAAAUCAGCAUCAGCCCACCAAGCAAGAUAUCAAACUCAGGCUCUAAACAAGGACGCCAGUGUUAUUUCAAACGCACACUCUGUGGAUGGAAACAGUUUAGGGGAAUCCACGUCGAAUUUGAAUAGUCUUGUAGAAGAUAUAAACUCUAAACCUAAAAGUUAUCACUCCUCAUACUCAUACCACAAAUCUUGGGAAAGGCGGGGAGAUCCAUAUGUAAUAAUUCCUGCCGGUGAAGCAGGCUCUCAAACAUCUCAAAGAUUAACAGCUGCAUCCAAAAACCUGGACCAAUACUCUUCUCAUCAAUAUGGUAAACAAUAUGAUCAAAAAAGCUACUCUGACGCUUGCGAUAUUAUAUGCCAUCAACGUAGAAAGCGUUCUUACAAUAUGAAACAAUUCGAACAAGAUGCGGAUGACAGCCAGGCGUAUUUAGGACAACAGCUAGAAAAUGGUUGGGAUUUAGGUCAACAAACUGAAAACAAAUUUGAACAUUUGGAAGAUUUAGGCCAAGGACAAGAGGCACAAAAUACAUGGGAUAAUUUGGAAAAUUUAGGUCAACAAGAGCAAAAUAAAUGGAACGAUUUGCAACCACUAGGCCAAGAGGUGCAGAAUAAAUGGGAAAAGUUAGAAGAUUUAGGUCAACAGACACAACAGAAUUGGGACAGUCUCACUGAUUUGGGUCAAAAAACUCAAGAUGACUUUGGUCAGCAAACGGAAGACGAAAAAGCAAAACUCGAAGACUUUGGCCAAACUCAGAGCGAGAAGCUAGAAGAUUUGGGUCAACAGACACAAAAUCAGUGGGGCAAACUAGAAGAAUUGGGUCAACAGACAGAAAAUCAGUGGAAAGAUUUUGGACAACAGGUUCACAAUCAGUAUGAAAAUCUCGGUCAACAAACUCAAAAACAAUGGAAAGAUUUGGAUCAACAGACACAAAAUCAAUGGGGCAAACUAGAAGAAUUGGGUCAACAGACAGAAAAUCAGUGGAAAGAUUUUGGACAACAGGUUCACAAUCAGUAUGAAAAUCUGGGUCAACAAACUCAAAAACAAUGGAAAGAUUUUGGUGAACAAACACAGAAACAAUGGAAAGAUAUCAAUCAAAAGAAUAAAAAUCAAUGGGAAAAACUUGAAGCUCUAGGACACCAAACAGAAAAUCGAGGAUUUCUUGUAGAUAAUUUAAAAAACGAAACUGGGGAUAAUAAAGAUUCUAGUCAACAUGAUAAGAAACCAUCAAUAGAUUCCAAGGAGAUAGAAAUUAAACCAAAAGCCAAAGAGCAUAAGUUCCUAUGGGAUGAAAUAAGCCAAAUGUUUGAUGAGUCAUCAAAAACUGAAACAAUUGCCACUGAUAACAAUGUUAAAGAAAAUGAACAGCCUUCAUUAGUAAAGCCAAGUGACGAGAAACAAAAACCACUGCCAACUGACACAUCAUUAAAUACAUUUGACCAAGACAAACAGGAAACUCCAACACAUCCUUUUGGAUUGGGUUAUCACAGUACUAAUUUAGAUUAUAAACAAAUAGAAAAUAUAAAUGAAGCUAAUCAAAGACUAUUGGAUGCUCUUAAAGGACUUUCCAAUACACAAAAUCAAGGUUUUCAUGUAGGACAAGAAAGUGUACAGCCAUGGAGUGACUUGGGACAACAAACACAAAACGAGUGGAGUAACUUGGGACAACAAACUCAAAAUGAAUGGAGUAACUUGGGACAACAAACUGAGCAGAAGUGGAGUGACUUGGGCCAACAAACACAACAUGAGUUUAAUGACUUGGGACACCAAACUGCUCAGAAGUGGAGUGACUUGAGCCAACAAACACAAGAUGAGCAUAGUUACUUGGGUCAACAAACUCAAAAUGUUUGGAGUAACUUAGAUCAAUUGACUCAAAAUGAAUUGAGUGAUUUGGCACACCAAACUGCGCAGAAGUGGAGUGAUUUGAGCCAACAAACACAAGACGAGUUUGGUAAUUUGGGUCAACAAACUCAAAAUGAGUGGAGUAACUUGGGCCAACAAACACAAAAUGAGUUUAGUAACUUAGGUCAACAAACUCAAAAUAUGUGGAGUGACUUGGGACACCAAACUGAAAAUAAUUUUAAUGGUAUCCACCAACAAACUCAAUAUCAUUGGAACAACUUAGGGCAACAAACUCAACACGAGUUAAGCAGUUUUGGCCAAGAAAAUCAUAAUAAAUAUAAUUAUUUAAAUCACCACAAUUUCAAUGAAUGGAGUGCUUUAAAUCAUCAAUUCCAUCAUCAGUGGAGCGGUUCAGGUCAACAGAUUCAUAAACAGUGGAGUUAUCUAGACAAUAUAGGGUCCCAAACCCCAUUCAAUGUAGACAAGCAACAAAAUAUUGGGGACGAUAAAACAGGCACUUUAGAGGAGAGCACUAAAGCUACAAUAAGUAAGAAAAAUGAACAAGAUAAACAAAAAACAGAACACAAUGUUAGCAAUAAGGAGACGAUAAAUAUUCACAGUAUGGAAUCCUUACCAGAAACUAAAUCAACUCCAAAAAGUAGUCCAGGACAAGAUAAAUUAACUUCAACAACUCAGAAACCAAUAAUAACAACUAGCAAAAAGGAUAUCGGGCGUGGAGAUAUUAGUGCGGAUGACGAUUUUAGUAAUUUGGAAACAUUUGAUAUGGUAUCUCUAUCAAGUACCACGAGGAAACCAGAAAAAAGUGAAGAUAAGAUUAUAGAGAGCCAAAAGUUUGAUCGAGUUCCUUUCUUUCCUGUAGAACCAGAAACAGAAAGUCUUCAUAAAGAAAGUCAAGGCAGCUUGACUUCCAAAUCAUUAGAAGAUCAAUUCACCGAGCAACAGAGUGCUGCUAAAUCAUUCGAAGACCAGUUCACGGAUCAACAACAAAGCCAAUUUGAACAACAGAAUGUAGAUUUACAACAGAAUCUUCAAAACUGGGAUACUGGUAUACAUGAGACACAACAGAUUUAUAAAGCAGAUAAUGCACCAAUCAGCCAUUCAUAUCAUCACGAGCAACUCGGAAGGCAUUUACCUAAUGAACCUCAGCAAGAAGUUAUACAACAACAAAACCUAGAAAACCUAGAUCAGUUCGUAGAAAAAGAAAACAAACAUGAUAGCGAAAUAAAGGCGACUACAGAAAAAACUAUUCAAGUCGAAACAACUAUGGAACCAACAACAGAAAAACCUGGAUUCUGGGGCUCGAUUGUGAACAAGACUAAAAAAGCGAAAGAUACUUGCAUCGUAACAACAUAUAUUUCUACACUAUUCUAUGAUAAGCGUUUAACUAUAUUGAGGCAGUGUCUGGCUAACGUGAGCUUCCCAAUAUUAAUAGUUUUGGCUGUGUCCGGGACACUUACAUCGUUUUUACCUGAAGAUGGUGUCGCAGGCCGGGGCUUGAGAUCAGAGCUGUUGUUAGAUGACGGUUGUUCGUUGAACAACUCGUCAGUCGACGAUGAAACUGUAUUAAUAAAUCAGGAGCUUAUAUCUAACAUAGUUAUAAAAAACACAAUAAAAUAUGACAAUCUAGAUCUAUCGCCCGCGUCAACCGUUGACAAUGACAGCGGCAUGUCAUCCGGCGAUAAUUCAUUAAAGUGUGUAUAUAAAAGUGAUAUUCCUAUAAAUAAUGAUAAUAACGAAAUAAAGUGCCUAAAUAAUGUAUGGAAUGAGAUUCCUAGCUGUUCAUACGAUGUUAAAGAUAAUAGGGAGAGUAUGUUAGAAUCUGAGUACAUUGUGAUAAAUCUGUUCGAAAGUGAUGUUUGUGAUAAUAAAUGUGAGUUGGUUGGUACAAAUAUAUAUGAUAUAGACGAUGAUUCCAGUAUACUGAGUGUUUCCAACCAGAGUUUAGUUCCUGUAGCUAAUAGGGAACUUGUUAAAUCGGAAAGUCAGAAAUUAGUCAGUCUGUCACUCUCGAUAUUAUUGGCGGCAAUAUUACAAGCAAUGAGAUGUUUCGCCCAAUUUUUAGAGGACAUCGUGGCACCACAGAGACUAUGA